AAGUGGACCACCCCGAGUAAAGAGCGCACAGCGGCGGGACUGACUUCUAAAGACCUAUGCUACCCAAGAAAAAAACCUGGAAGAGGAGAAAAAGGAAAGAAAAAGAAUCAGGAAUGGCUCCCACUCAGAGAGGCUUGACUUUCAGGGAUGUGGCCAUAGAAUUCUCUCAGGAGGAGUGGAAAUGCCUGGACCAUGCUCAGAGGGCUUUGUACAGGGAUGUGAUGUUGGAGAACUACAGGAACCUGGCCUCCCUGGCAGGAAACUCUAUUCCUGACCUGAAUAUUAUCUCCAUGUUGGAGCAAGAGAAAGACCCCUUGAAUGUGGAGAGCCAAGUGAAAAUAGCAAGAAAACCAAAAGGGAGGGAAUGUGUCAAAGAUAUCUCUCCUAAAUGUGUGACCAAGGAAUUACCACCAAAAGGGAAAAGUAAUACAGGAGAACUGUUUCACACAGUGCUGUUUGAAAGACAUGAAAGCCAUGACAUCAAAGAUUUUUGCUUCAGGGAAACCCAGAAAAAUAUACAAGAAUUUGAGUGUCAGUGGAGAGAUGAUGAAAGAAAAUAUAAUGGAGUGCCUGUGACAAAAAAAGAAAAUCUUACUGAUAGAAAAGAUCAACAUGAUAGGAGGGAUGCAAGAAACAAGCCCAUUAAAAAUCAGCUUGGAUUAAGCUUCCAAUCAUGUUCACCUGAGCUGCAGCUAUUUCAUGAUGAAGGGAAAACUUAUGAAUGUAAUGAAGUUCAGAACUCUAUCAACAAUGGUUUCUCAGUUUCACCACCCCAAAGAAUUCCUUCUAAUAUCAAAACCCAUAUUUCUAAUAAAUAUGGUACUGAUGUCGUCUGUUCUUCAUUACUCAACCAGAAGAAAGUACGCAAUAGGGGAAAACUUUACAAACGUGAUGAGUGUGCCACGGCCUUCAAUUACAACUCACAUCUCACUUUAUAUCAGAUAAUCCAUUCCAGAGAGAAACAAUAUAAAUGUGAUAUAUGUGGCAAGGACUUUAGCCAAAAAUCAAACCUUGUACAUCAUCGGAGAGUUCAUACUGGAGAGAAACCAUUCAAAUGUAAUGAAUGUCACAAGGUUUUCAGUCGCAAUUCACACCUUGCAAAUCAUCACAGAAUUCACACUGGGGAGAAGCCUUACAAAUGUGAUGAAUGUGACAAGGUCUUCAGUCGUAAUUCAUGCCUUGCACUUCAUCGGAGAAUUCAUACUGGAGAAAAGCCUUACAGAUGUAAUGAAUGUGGCAAAGCCUUUAGUGUGCAUUCAACUCUUAGUAGCCAUCAGAUAAUCCAUACUGGAGAGAAACCUUAUAAAUGUAAUGAAUGUGGGAAAGCCUUCAGUGAUCGUUCAACACUUUCUAAACAUCAAGUAACCCAUACUGGAGAAAAAUCUUACAAAUGUAAUGAAUGUGGCAAGGUUUUCAGUCAAACUUCAAGCCUGGCAAUUCAUCGAAGAAUUCAUACUGGAGAGAAACCUUAUAAGUGUAAUGAAUGUGGAAAAGUCUUCAGUCAGACUUCAAGCCUUGCCAGUCAUCAGAGAAUUCAUACUGGAGAGAAACCUUACAAGUGUAGUAAGUGUGGCAAAGCCUUUAGUGUGCAUUCAAGCCUAACUACCCAUCAGAUAAUCCAUACUGGAGAAAAGCCUUACAAAUGUGAUGAAUGUGGCAAAGUCUUUAGUCAAAAUUCACACCUUGCAAGUCAUCGAGGAAUUCAUACUGGAGAAAAACCUUACAAAUGUAACGAAUGUGGCAAGGUCUUCAGUUAUAAAUCACACCUCGCAAGUCAUAAGAGAAUUCAUACUGGAGAGAAACCUUACAAGUGUAAUGAGUGUGGCAAAGCCUUUAGUGUGCGUUCAAACCUAACUACCCAUCAGGUAAUCCACACAGGAGAGAAACCUUACAAAUGUAAUGAAUGUGGCAAAUUAUUUAGUAUGCGGCCAAACCUCACUAGACAUCAGAUAAUCCAUACAGGAGAGAAACCUUACAAAUGUAAUGAAUGUGGCAAAGUCUUCAGUCAACGUUCAAACCUUGCAAUUCAUCAAAAAAUUCAUACUAAAGAGAAACCUUACAAAUGUAAUAAGUGUGGCAAGGUCUUCUGUCACAAUUCACUCCUCACGGAACAUUGGAGAAUUCAUUCUUGAAAGCAUCCUCAUAAGGGCUAUGAGUCUGGCAACUCCUUCAUCCUGAGUUUAAGGAUUAAUUAACUGAGAUUAAGAGUCCAUACUAAAGAGAAAUCAUAUAACUGUAAUUUAUUUAUGGAAGAAUUGAACAGUGGUAUGAGCCCCUAUGUUUGGUGUUUUUCUGACUCGAAUUUCCCGGGAUCCAAUCGCCGCCCCAGAUCGUCCGCUCCUAGAGCUGCCAAGUCCAGACCUCUGAGUGGCUUCAGCCUCACUAGCAGGACUUCCUCCAACCCGCAGGCAAAAAGAGCUGUUAAGGCAGGAAACAACGCAGCUCCACACAAAGCGAAAUUGACUCAAAAGAUCCCAAACCCUGAAAACAACGACGCCUGCGGAGAGAGACAGAAACAGGCGCAGGCCCCGCCCCGCCCCGCCCACACUCCCGGAGGCCCCGCCCCGUCCUGGCCUCACGCCCCGCCCCCUGCCGUCGCGCUCCGCCUCGGCCCCGCCCCCAGGACGUCCGGCCUCCACCCGCCCCUGCCUUUUAAAGUCCUCACCAGAGAGGUGAAAAUUCGUCCUUUGGGCCCUCCAAACUUCCCCCUUUCGGCCUCCGGAGAGCAGAGCCCGCCGCCCCAGUCCAACACAGGCUGCGUCCUUCCCCUGGUCCUGGAAUUCUGCAUAGGCCACCGCAGCCCUGCGACACCUUCUGCUUCUCAGCCUCACCCUCGCCCCACUUUUGGACGAUAUUGCUUGCCCUGCGGAUUUUUCUAUUCCUCCGCCUCCCGCUGUCUGGAUAUUAUUGACAACAAGGCCCCAAUAGGAGAGCAGAGCCAGAAGGCAGACGGCCCAGCUCCCCCUAUAAAUGCUAAGUGGAGCACCCCAGAUGAAGCAGCUGAUGUGUUUCAUAUGCAUGCCAUGUGGGACUGGCUUUAUGAUGACCGGGAUAGUCACCCACUGAAUACACCCAUUACCAAGGUUAUCCUCUUUGAUAACAUUAAAUCCCAGCCUGUCAUGUUUGCGGGAUCUGAUACCGUCACCACCGCAGGAGCGGAGGGCAAAUUGCCCCUGAUCUUUGGACCACCCUUGGCCAUUGCAAUUCAGAACAACCUUUCCUCCUUUAACAUCUCCUCCACAGUGUCUUGCCUCCAAAUACCUGAAGACACAGACGCUCCAGGAGCAAGGCGGGGGGAAUCGCAGGCCCCGCCCCGGCCACGCCCACUCCCUCGGGUCCUUGCCCCGCCCCCGUGCCGUCGCGCCCCGCCCACGCCCCGCCCCCUGUCCGUCCUCCGGCUCGCGGGCCCUACGCAGGCCUGGCCGCUCCGCGCCCCCGCGGUUUUCUGCAGACCCGGAAGCGGAUCGCUCGGAGAGACGGUCACACCGCGGCGAAAUCCUGUGUCGAGACUCCUCUACUAUCUGCUGGGACAUCUAACAGACAUCUCCUGCAUAUGCACAGAAGUGACUUCUGAGCUCCACCAAAGGCAUUCCCCCUGCAGUCCUCUACAUCUCAGGGAAGAAGAGAAGAAGAGAAGGAAGAGGAAAGAAAAGGAGCCAGGAAUGGCGCCUAUUCAGGGACGGUUGUCAUUCAAGGAUGUGGCCAUAGAAUUCUCUCAGGAGGAGUGGAAAUGCCUGGACCCUUCUCAGAGGGCUUUGUACAGGGACGUGAUGUUGGAGAACUACAGGAACCUGGUCUCCCUGGAUAUUUCUUCUAAAUGUGUAACCAAGGAAUUACCACCAAAAGGGAACAGAAAUAGAGGAGAAGUAUUUCACACAGUGAUGGUGGAAAGAUAUGAAAGCUGUGACACUGAAGAUUUUUGCUUCAGGGAAGAACAGAAAAAUAUACAUGACUUUUUGUGUGAGUGGAGAGAUGAUGAAAGAAAUUAUAAAGGAAUGCCUGUGAUCCAGAAUGAAAAAUUCACUGGUACAAGAGUUCGACAUGAUAGAAUGGAUGCAGAAAAUAGGCUUAAUAAAAGUUGGCUUGGAUUUGGCUUUCAGGCACAGCUCCCAAAACUGCAGCUGUUUCAGUCUGAAGGGGAAAUUUAUGAAUGUAAUGAAGUUGAGAAGUCUGUCAACAAUGAUUCCUCACUUUCACCACUUCAGCAAAUUUCUUCUAAUGUGAAAACUCACAUUUCUAAAAAAUAUGGUAAUAAUUUUAUCUAUUCUUUAUUACUCACACAAAGACAAAAAGCAAACAGUUGUGACAAAUUUUAUAAAUGCAAUGAAUGUGGCAAGGUCUUUGGUCAACCUUCAAGACUUGCAAGUCAUCAGAGAAUUCAUUCUGGAAAGAAACCUUACAGGUGUAAUGAGUGUGGCAAAGUUUUUAGUGUGCAUUCAAACUUAACUGCCCAUAAGGUAAUCCAUACUGGAGAAAAACCUUACAAAUGCAGUGAAUGUGGCAAAGACUUCACUCAGAAUUCACACCUUACAACUCAUCGGAGAAUUCAUACUGGAGAGAAACCUUACAAGUGUUAUGAGUGUGGCAAAGCCUUUAGUAUUCGUUCAAACCUAACUACUCAUCAGGUAAUUCAUACUGGAGAAAAACCUUACAAAUGUAAUGAGUGUGGCAAGGUCUUCAGUCACCCUUCAAGCCUUGCAAGUCAUCGGAGAAUUCACACUGGAGAGAAACCUUACAAGUGUAAUGAAUGUGGCAAAGUCUUCAAUCAAAAUUCACACCUUGCAAGGCAUCGGAGAAUUCACAGUGGAGAGAAACCUUACAAGUGCAAUGAGUGUGGCAAAGCCUUUAGUCUUCGUUCAACACUAACUACCCAUCAGGUAAUUCAUACUGGAGAAAAACCUUACAAAUGUAAUGAGUGUGGCAAGGUCUUCACUAAAAAAUCAUACCUUGUAAGUCAUCAGAGAGUUCAUACUGGAGAGAAACCUUACAAGUGCAACGAAUGUGGCAAAGUCUUCAGUCAAAAUUCACAUCUUGCAAGUCAUCGGAGAAUUCAUACUGGAGAGAAACCUUACAAGUGCAAUGAGUGUGGCAAAGCCUUUAGUCUUCGUUCAACACUAACUACCCAUCGGAUAAUCCAUACAGGAGAAAAGCCUUACAAAUGUAAUGAAUGUGGAAAGGUCUUCAGUCAUCCCUCAAACCUUGCGAGUCAUCGGAGAAUUCACACUGGAGAGAAACCUUACAAGUGUAAUGAGUGUGGCAAAGCCUUUAGUAUUCGUUCAACACUAACUGCUCAUCAGAUAAUCCACACAGGAGAAAAACCUUACAAAUGUAAUGAAUGUGGAAAGGUCUUCUCUCUAAAUUCACAUCUUGCAAAUCAUCGUAGAAUUCAUACUGGUGAGAAACCUUAUAAAUGUAAUGAGUGUGGCAAAGCCUUUAGUGUGCUUUCAAGCCUAUCUACACAUCAGUUAAUCCAUACUGGGAAAAAGCCUUAUAAAUGUAAUGAAUGUGGCAAGGUCUUCACUCAAAAUUCACAUCUUGCAAAUCAUCGAAGAAUUCAUCUGGAGAGAAACCUUUCAAGUGUAAUGAGUGUGGCAAAGCCUUUAGUGUGCAUGCAAGGCUUAUUACCCAUCAGGCAGUCCAUGCUGGAGCAAAACCUUAUAAAUGUAGUUAGUGUAGCAAGGUAUUCAGUCAAACUUUAGCCUCAGAAGUCAUUACAAAAUUCGUAAUGGAUAGUAACCUUUGACAUGAAUGUUCAGUCAAAAUUUACUCCUUGCACAACAUCAGAGAAUUUAUUCUUGGAGAAUCUGUACAAUUGCAGUGACUAUGGUAAACCCCUCAUGAAUUCAAGCAUUAAUUCACAUCAGAGAGCCCAUACUAAAGAGAAAUAUAAAUGUAAUAUACAUGGCAGAGACUUUAUUCAGGCCUCACAACUCAGUAAACAUCAAAAUAUAUAUCUUUCAUGAAACCACACAAGUGUAAUGUGCAUGUUGAGGUUACCACUGAAGGACCAUAAUAUGUAGAUGAGUAUUCAUAUGAGGAAUAAUUCAGUCUCUUGUUCUCCAAGAUUAACCUUUGAUAAUACGUACUGCAGACUAACUGUAAAUCAAAAUAUAUUAAAACUCAUGACGAUGUAUAUCACACAUGCAAGGAUAUUUGGAAAUGGCCAAUUAUCUUCAGAUUAUAAAAUGUUCAGUUAUUUGAGGUUUCUUGAAAGGGCUACUUUCCUAUUCUGACUUUCAAAUUGAACUUUGAAAACUGCUAAUAUUAUGCCUUCCUUACAGGCCUCGUUUGGUGUUCUCUGUGAAAUAAUCAAUAAGAAUCAAUAGAAUGAAAGGACCUGAAAAGGAGGACAAUCUUUUAAAAUCAGAUAUCAUUUGAAUUAGCUUGUGGAAGGGGCAGAGAAUAAUGUAAAACUGUGAAGUCAGUCAUCAAGUUCAUUGUGUUCUGAGUGCACUUCUUUUAACAGAUGGACACUGUGGAUUAUAAGAAAGAAAUGCUGUACUGAUGCACCAGGAAGUACAGUAGGCCAAGAGCUUUGGCAACUGUGACUUUUAUGGGAGGAAAGGAAUAUAUUACUAGGGAAUGAUGAUGUGGUCAAAAUAAUGCAGGGGAAAUGUUGGCCAUGUUUAUUGAAUGGCAGUAGCUUUUAUAUGGUAAAGAUUGAUGAAAAUUAUUCUUUUUGAAAUUGAAAAGAACAGUAAUUGGGGAGAGAGUAUAAUCAAAAGAACCAGACUACCAUGUUCCUAAGUAGGAUUCACA